AUGGAUAAUAAUAAUAAUAAUAAUAAUAAUGAAAAAUAUAGAAGUUUUAUGAUUGAUGGUAAAAAUUAUGAUAUUUUUAUUAAAGAUAUGGCUAAAUUAUAUUUAGACGAGGAUAAAACUGAUAAUGAUAAUAAUAAUGGUGAAAAAGAAAGUUUAUUUGAUAAAUCAUAUUGUUAUAUUAAAGAAAUUUAUACAAAAUUUAAAGAAAAUUUUUCAAAUAAUAAAAAUUGUAAAACUCAAGAUGUUGUAACAAUUAUUCAAUUAUUUUUAGUUUAUAUUAAAUUAGAUGAUAAAGUUGCUCAAGUAUUUAAAUGUGUUGUUGAUAAAUUUAUUGAAGAAAAUUCAAAAGAGAAUGAAAAAUGUUGGAUUGAAAAAGAUUUAUUAUUUAAUACAGAUUUGCAUGAUUCAAUUUUAUCAUUAGAUUUAUUAAAGAUUAGAUCAGCCUAUAUUGAUGAAGCAUGUAAUAAUAUGGAUGAAAGUAAAGAUUAUGAAAUUAGUGAAAGGAUUUAUAAAAAAGUUAAAGAUCAUUCAUUUGAUGUCUAUGAUUUAGAGAACCAACAAGGUAAUAUUAAAAAUCCAGAUGAUUUCAAAUUAUCAAAAAUUGGUAGAUACCAUAUAUCAUCAAGAGCUCGUGGUAUUCAUGGCUCAGAGUAUGGUGAACUUUCAUUAGCAUCAAAUAUUGAAAUUGUUAAACAACUUCUUUCAAUAAUGUCAUUUGGCCUUUCAGAUAAUAUAACCUUUGGUAAUGGUAAUGAAAAUGAAGCAAAUGCAUAUUUAAUUGGUGGUGCAUUAGUAACAUGUAUUGAAACUCUACCAUUGGAAUAUAUUAAACUUUAUGAUGAAAUGAAAUCGAAAUUACAAUUUUCCAAUGAAACUGUUGAAUAUGAAUUUCAAACAAAAAUAAAAAAAGAAUUUAAAAAAUCAGAAUCAGAUAUCGAUAUCAUUAUUACAGCACCAACAAUUGAAAUGGGUGAAAGUAAACUUGAAUCAUUAUUAAUUGAAAUUAAACAAUGGAUUGAUAAAAAUGAAUAUUCCUAUCGUUUUAUACGUACACCAAAUUCAAUUACAAUUAUUGGUGAUCAAUUUAGACCAAUUCAAAUCAUUACAUUAUUUUCAAAAAAUGUUGAAGAACAUUUAAUAUUUUGUGAUUUAGAUUGUACAGCAAUUUGUUAUAAUGGUAGUAAUGUUAAAAUGAUUCCACGUUCUGCCAUUGCAUUUAAUAAUAGAACAAUUUUGGUAACAACAAAGAUGGAACGUUCUCAAAAAUACUCUGUUAGAGGUUUUCAAUGUAAAAACUUUGAAUAUUGUAAACAUUUGGAUCGUUGUGUUGCAAGAAAUUCAAUUUCUGAAAAAUAUGAAAAAUAUACUUCAAUUCCAUUUCAUCAUGUUCAAUUUAAACCAAUGUCAAGAAUUUUGGAAUUUUUACGUAAAAAUUUUAAACCCCGUUUCUUGGCUAAAGAAAUUCAUGAAAUUUUAAAUCCAGAUUUAAUUGGUAGCUUUACAAAAUUUGGUCCAAUAAAAGAUUAUUGUUGGAAAAUUUCAUGCUUAACUGUAAAUGGUUUAAUAAGUUGUUACAUUUGUAAAAAGAAAAUUAUGUAUUCAAAACUUGAUAUGGUACCAUCAAGUCUUUGUAAAGAGUGUAAUGAAUUUAAUGAUUUCUCACGUACAGAAUUUGAUGAAAAUUUAUUUAAAGAUUUCAAUUUAUUAAAUAAAAAAUAUGCAUUGGUAACUGGUGCUAGAAUCAAAAUUGGUUUUGAAUGUGCUGCAUUGUUAUUAGGUUAUGGUUAUAAUGUAAUUGCAACUACAAGAUUCCCACAUCUUGCAAAUGAAGCAUUUAAAGAAAGGUUCUCUUCAAAUCCUGAUAUUUUAUCACGUUUACAUAUCUAUGGUUUAGAUUUUAGAAGUAUUGCUGCUGUUCAAGAAUUUAUAAAUCAUAUAAAAUCAAAUUUCCCAAGAAUUGAUAUUUUAAUUAAUAAUGCUGCUCAAACAAUUCGUAGACCAAAAGCAUAUUAUCAUAGUUUGUUAACCGGUGAAAAGGAAAUUAAACAACUUUUAUUAACUAAUCAAACCGAUAAAAUGAUUGAUCAAUUUCAAGAGAUAUCGUCUGAUGAUGAUAUGCAAAUUAUCAAUGCAUCAGAUAGUGAUAGUGAUUCUGACAAAUCAAUGGUUUUAGUUAGAGUUAAUGAUAUUAAAUUUGGUGGUUCUUCUUCAACUUCAAUCAUUGAAAGUACAUUAUUACCAGAAGAUAAUGAUGAUAGAAAUGAAAUUCUAUUCCCAUCUGAAAAAUAUGAUCAACAUGGUGAACCAUUAGAUAUGAGAAAUAAAACAAGUUGGACUUCACAAAUUGAUGAAAUUUCAACUGUUGAAAUGGGUGAAGUUAAUUUAGUAAAUUCAAUUGUACCAACCAUGUUUGUUUCUCAAUUAAUACCUCUAAUGGAAAGAAAAUCAUUAAAUAAUAAUAAUAAUAAUAAUAAUAAUAAUAAUAAUAAUAAUAAUAAUAAUAAUAAUAAUAAUAAUAAUAAUAGAUCAAAUAGAUUUAAUAAUAAUAAUUUUAGAAAUAAUAAUAAUAGCAAUAAUAAUAAUAAUAACAAUUCAACAGUAUCAAAAUUAGAUUGGGGUUAUAUUGUAAAUGUUACAUCAUCAGAAGGUGAUUUUGAUUAUGAUUAUAAUAAUCAAAGUGGUAAUCACGUUCAUACUAAUAUGGCAAAAGCUGCACUAAAUAUGAUGACAAGAUCAAUUAGUGCCUCUUUAGAGAAAAGAAAUAUUCAUGUUUCUUCAGUCAAUACCGGUUGGGUUAGUGAUAUGGGUCCAGUUACUGAUAAAGAUUUUAAAGUUAGAAGUAAAAGAGCUAGAAGAUUCUAUCCAAUUCCAUUAACUUGUCUUGAUGGUGCUGCUCGUGUUUUACACCCAAUUUUCAAUAGUUAUUAUAAAAUACCACCAUUUCCAACCGGUUCAUUAUUUGUAAACUAUAAUAUUAAACCAUGGCAAUAA